GUUAGUGUUAAAAGGGUAUGUCAAAAUUUAUAUAUAAUUUCGUGUUUAAUGAAAGAUUUUUUGUUAUGGAUCUUUUACGGAUUUUUCGUAUGCAAGAGCCUGUUUCAAAAUCACUGCUAACACAAAAGGAGGAUGUUAGUCAUUACAAAGAGGUCGUUCAGGAAAAGGAUGUUGUUAUUCGUAAUAACAAGGAAAAAAUUAGAGAAUUGGAGGCUGAAAUAGCUGAGUUAAAAGGUGAGAGGCAAAAUCUACAAACGAAACUCAAGGCUAGUACAUUAGACGAAAACGGAUUUCAUGAAAUAAUGAUCGGCUAUGACGAUUUUUUUCAACGAAUUUGGAAAGAACGAGAAGAUGUACUAAGUAAAAAUGCAAUAGUGGAGAGUUACUUGGAAAAUUUGGAGUGCUCUUAUCAUGAGUUGUUAGAAAAGUUCCAGAAAGCGAAGGAUGUUAUAUAUGGCUUAAAGCGAAAUCAAGAUUUGUUAGUGGAUGAACUAGAUGAAUACAAAGAAAUUAUUACCGUAUUGGAGCAUAAAUAUGAAAGUCUAAAGGUUCAUUCAGAACAAACCAUAGCUACCGCUAAUGUGCAAUUAGAUGAAAUACAAAAAGAGAGUAUGGAUGAAAUAUCAAAACUAAAGUCAAAGGUUGUUCAACGGCAGGCUAAAAUUAACGAGCUUGAGAAACAAAUAAAGCUGGACGAUCACAAACCCCUGUAUGUUCCUCUUAGAAAUAGGAUGGUAAAUAAAUAAAUCAAUUAAAGUGAAAUAAAUCUUUUGAUAUGU